ACCUUUGCACAUUCAAUUUCUUCUCUCUUCUCUCUCUCUCUCUCUCUCUCGCGCGCACACACACACACACACACAUUCAUCCCAAUGAACUCUUCUGCCCAUCGCCCUUCCUUCGGCUUCAGCAGCCUCAGGAACAUCAUCACCUGGUUCCUCAUUCUUGUUCUUCUCAUCUAUUCCCUUUACUCCUCCAAAUUCAUUCUCAACAAACCCGACAAUCCCGAUUGUUCUGUACCCUCCUCUUCCCAUUUAUCUGCCAAAGAUAAUCUUGAAAAGGACGACGUCUUAACUCUUCCAACAAACACCUCUUCUGAUCAAGAACCUGCACGAAAGACUGCUCUCCUCGCCGCUCCUUUGCCGGAAAGACAGGACACCACCUUGCAGCUCAAGCACGUCGUGUUUGGCAUUGCUGCCUCCUCCAGUCUGUGGGAGAGUAGGAAAGAGUAUAUAAAGCUGUGGUGGAGGCCGAAUGAGACUCGAGGGGUGGUGUGGUUGGAUAGUACAGUUAAUGUUUCUAAAGAAGAAGAAGGACUCUUGCCUGAGCUGCGGAUUUCUCAGGACACCUCCAGCUUUAAGUACACGCAUAGGCAGGGGAAGCGAUCGGCGUUGAGGAUUUCGAGGGUCGUCUCUGAGACUCUGAGGAUGGGGAUGGAGGAUGUGAGGUGGUUUGUGAUGGGGGACGACGACACGGUUUUUGUUGUGGAGAAUGUUCUGAGGGUGCUCUCCAAAUAUGAUCACAAUCAGUAUUACUAUAUUGGGAGUUCAUCUGAGAGUCAUAUACAGAAUAUUUUCUUUUCGUAUGCUAUGGCUUAUGGUGGAGGGGGGUUCGCCAUCAGCUAUCCACUGGCUAAAGAGCUCGAGACGAUGCAGGACCGGUGCAUCCAACGCUAUCCUGGAUUGUAUGGCAGUGAUGAUAGGAUUCAGGCUUGCAUGGCUGAGUUGGGAGUACCUCUCACCAAGGAAACUGGUUUUCAUCAAUAUGAUGUAUACGGCAACCUAUUAGGGCUUCUGGGAGCGCACCCUGUAACUCCACUGGUAUCACUCCACCAUCUUGAUGUGGUGGAUCCGAUAUUCCCGGGAUUGGACAGAGUUGAGAGCCUCCGCAGACUAUUUGAAUCAGCCGAGCACGAUACAGCCAGCAUAGUUCAACAAUCUUUCUGUUAUGACAAGGAUAGGUACUGGUCCAUUUCCGUGUCAUGGGGCUAUGUCGUUCAAAUCAUGAGGGGCGUCAUCUCUCCAAGAGAGCUCGAGAUGCCCACAAGAACAUUCCUCAACUGGUAUAAACGAGCCGACUACACAGCAUAUGCAUUCAACACUAGACCUGUGACAAGGCACCCUUGUCAGAAGCCAUUCUUGUUCUACUUAAGCUCCAUAAGAUACGAUGAAAAGAGGGGACACAUAAUUGGAAUUUACUCUCUCCAUAAAGACCAGUUUCCUUAUUGUCGAUGGAGAAGCGAUUCGCCAGAAAGACUCAACUCUGUUGUUGUCUUGAAAAAGCCGGAUAACAACAGGUGGAAGAGGUCACCUCGGAGGGAUUGUUGUAGAGUUUUGCCAUCCAGUAGGCAAACAGUUAUGUACUUAUGGGUCGGUAGCUGCAGAAAAGGUGAAGUAAGUGAAUUGUAGUUGUGACAGAGCCCUGUUUGUAUCUGUGAAGUCUCGUUUCUUCUCCUCCGAAUUCUUGGGGCAGCACAAAACCUCUCAGUGUCGACCAUCCAAUUCACAACAAUCGGCACAGUAGACUAUAAAAAAGAAUGAGUUUAGUUGUAAUUUUGUCUAGAUUUUGCACUUCUGUUUUUGUCUGUAAAUGUAAAGCAAGCGGCUUUAGGUGUACUUACAGCUAAGUGUGAAGUGUCUGUCUAUGAUUGACGUCAAAACAUUCAUGAAUCAAGGUUACAGAAGAGAAAAUUCUUCUACUUGUUUUUCCUAGCAUAACAAAUCAGUAGAGAUAGAAAUUUGGUGGUUCUUGAAUCUAAUUUGUGAACCAAUUCACCUAACAAUACAACAGCCUA